AUGUGGACUGGCGCCCCCGACGAUGCCGCCGCCGCGAGGCAGGGCAGACAGGUCGCGGCUCCAGGGUCAGGCUCGCCCUGGGCAUCCUGUGGCCUCGCCGCCUCCGCGGCGCGCGGUCCGCAAAGGCCGUGCGCAGAGGGGUUCUCGAGGGUGCUGCUCAGCGUGGACCAGUUCCGCGUGGUCUCUGCGGACCUCACCCACGGGGCGGUCUCUGGCGGCGUCUGCACCGUGGUGGCGUGCGCCCUGCUGGGAGUCCUGCUGUUCGCCGAGCUGGGGGCCUCCCUGAGAGUUAGCUACUCUACGAACGUCGUCAUCGACGACGAGCUUGACGAAUCGCUGAGGAUCGAGUACGACACCUCGGUGUUCGACCUCCCCUGCAAGUACCGGGAAGUGGGCUCGUGGGACAAGUGCGGGAAAGAUAGGUUCGUGACCAACAAGUCUUUCACCCAUAGCACUCUGGUCCACUGGGGGGGCACCGCGGGCGCCAAGCACACCGAGGCGGAGAUCGCGGUGCUCGAGCAGGCGGACGUGGCCUCGGACAUCGCGGAGGACGAGGCCAAGGAGCUCGACUCGGACUGGUCCGCCAGCAGCGACCACUCCCAGCACAAAGACUUCCAGGCGGCGGCGACCUUCCACGACUACACGCUGGUGAACUUCUACGCCGAGUGGCGCAGUCACUGCAGGCAGUUUCUCCCGACAUGGAUAGAAGCGUCGGACAAGAUCGGCGAGAAGAUGCACGUCUCCGACGGCGACGGGCGGCAGUCCACGGUGAAAUUCCUGAAGACGAAUUGCGUGGACUUCCAGGACAACUGCAAGAAGGCCAAGAUAGCAGCCUUCCCGACCCUGCGGUCUUACAAGCGCCACGGCUCCUUCGAGGUCUUCCAGCAGCAUCGCUCCGUGACGAACAUCGUCAGCUUCUUGACGUCGUCGAUUAGAAACAGCCACUUGAUCGUCGCCCGUCACCACAUGAUGUUCAACGAGGGAUGCCGGGUGGCCGGCCAGAUCCACGUGCCCCGCGCGCAGGGAUCUCUCCACCUCCAGGCGGAGCCCUUCGGCAAGAAGGACCUGAACCCCGCCAUCACGAACGUGUCGCACCGGGCGUGCGACUAUUACAGCUCCGGCUCCUGCACGACGGACUGCGUUCAGCCCGCGGGGACGGUAGCCCUGGCGUGCGAGUGUAUGUCCUACCCCGACAGCGGCGAGCACAACAUGUUCAGCGUGACGCCCUGGUCGGCGGCGGGGUACGUGAAGGAGGCGGCGCUGUUGCACACCCGUGACCCGGCCGAGAUCCCCUCCAAAGAAUGCGGUGCGGACUACUUGUGUAAGCUCACCGGCGUGUUCCUGACCGACGGAAAGGUUCAGCUGCGCCUCAAGGAGGGCGCGAAGGAUGUCGUGCCCUCGGCCCCUGCCACGGACGACAGCCACACCAUAGUGAUGAGCGCAAACCAGGACACCUACAGGACAGACAUGAAUCUCGUUUCUUGCGCUACGUGCACCGCCAAUGGCCUUGCUCCCAAGGUCAAGGCUGCCGUCAUCGACGCGUUCGGCAUUCCGCGGGGCUUCAUGACUACGAUCCACGCCAUGACCGCAUCUCAGCCGACCGUGGACGGGGCGUCGCAGAAAGACUGUAGUGGCGGCAGCGCGGAGGUCGAGGAGGUCGGCGGGGAAGUCGAAGAAGAGGUGGCGGACGAGAUCAAGGAUGAGGACCCAGAGACGGAGCUAAAGCUGGAGAACGCGAGUCACGGUGCGGAGCAUCUUGCCUAUCAGAUGAAGCACGGUGCGAUCCACGGCAGGUACGAUGGCACUGUCGAUGUCGACGGGGACUGUCUGGCGAUCAAGGGCAAGCAGGUGGCGCUGUCGCACACCCGUGACCCAGCAGAGAUCCCCUUCAAGAAGUACGGUGCGGACUACGUCUGUGAGUUCAUCAGCAUGUUCCUGACCGACGGAAAGAUUCAGCUGCACCUCAAGGUGGGCGCGAAGAAUGUCAGGUCUUCGGCCCGGGCCGCGGACAACAGCCACACCAUGGAGAUGGGCGCGAACAAGGACACCUACAAGACAGACAGGAAUUGCGUUUCUUGCGCUACGUGCACCACCAAUGCCCUUGCUCCCAAGGUCAAGGCUGUCGUCAUCGACGCGUUCGGCAUUCAGCGGGGCUUCGUGACUACGAUCCACGCCAUGGCCGCAUCUCAGCCGACAGCGGACGGGGCGUCGAAGAAAGACUGUCGUGGUGGCCGCGCGGAGGAGACCCGCAUCGCUACGGAGGACCCAGAGGCGGAGCUCAAGCUGAAGAACACGAGUCUCGAUGCGGAGUAUCUUGCCUUUCAGAUGAAGCACGGCUCGAUCCACGGCAAGUACGAUGGCACUGCCGAGGUCGACGGGGACUCCUUGGUGAUCGAUGGCAAGCAGGUGGCGCUGUCGCACACCCGUGAUCCGGCCGAAAUCCCCUUCAAGAAGUACGGUGCGGACUACGUUUGUGAGUCCUCCGGCGUGUUCCUCACCGACAGAAAGAUUCAGCUGCACCCCAAGGCGGACGCGAACAAGGUCGUGUUCUCGGCCCUGGACACGGACGACAGCUACACCGUUCUGGAGGGCGCGAACCAGGACGCUUACAAGACAGACAUGAAUGACGUCUUUUGCGACUCCAAGGCGGGCAUCAUGCUGGACCCAACGUUCAUUUGGAGCGGCACGAACCCUGGCCUCGCGGUUGUUGUGGGCGACGCUCUCUGGCUGCUCGCCCUGAUGGCCCUCAUCACGGUGGAGGUGCUGAUGCGGGCGCGGGCGGCCGUCGACGCUUGCCUCGCUAGGGGCUGGGCCGCGGCAGCCAGGAUUGACGCGCGCCAGUUCCGGAGCCGCAUCCGGAUGUACGGCCGAGCAGCGGCCUACCUCGGACUGAGCCUCGCCGUCGCCGCCUCCGUGGGUGCGAUGGCGGCAGGCCUGGUCCACGCCCAGGCUUGCGCAGCAGCGCCUGUUCCGUCAGCUGCCCCGGCCGCCUGGGCCAUCAGCUGGAGCGCCCUGGAAUUCGACGCGACUCUUGGCUAUCCCGGCGAGGGCCCUCCAGCUGCGGGUCCCCAGAACAUGGACGUCGAUCAGGGGGCUCGGAGGGGACUCAACUGGGUCCUGACGCUGCAGGGCAACGGCCGCCGGGCACACUGCCACACCUGUAAGGAGGAGUUUGCGCUUGGCGAGCCGCGUCUGCAGACACAAGGGGCCUCCCGAUUAUGCCACUGGCACUGCGUGGGGAAGCGUUGGCGACCCAUGGCCACGCUGGAAGGCUCCCGUACCACCCCGCAAGCUGAGGUUGAUCGUGUGCGCGAGUUGCUGGGGGAGGCUUCUAUGCAGCAAGACGGGGAGGACAUCUUCCAAGCGGAAGGCGCCCAGGUCGGUCCAGUGGGCCCUGGACCCGCGCUGCGCGAUCCAGAAGACCCCCUUGGUGCAUCCCAGCUCCUGCACAUGGCGUGGUGGGACACAGUGGACGUGCCAAACAGUCUCGGACAUAAGGUCGCCACCAUGCGCCGCGUCCCAGCUGGACUGCAAGCUGCUUGGGCCGAGGCCACGGGUAAAGCUCUGAGGGAGAGUGUGGGUGGGCAGACCGCCCAGGACCGGGAGCGUGCUUGGAAACUUGUCAUUUUCGCACCUCGCUUAAUAUUUGCUGCCACUGGAGCCCGGGGUGGGCGCGGGGCCAAUGGCAAAAGGGCCAAACACAUCAAGAAUGACGUUGCUGAGCGCCUGCAUGCAUUUUGGCGCGGGGAGUGGCAAGAGCUGUGGGAAGCCGCUCACAGGCGUGAGUUGCGAGUGGGCGCUGCUACUGCCGUGGACGUGACGAGCAGGGUCCGCCGCGUCAACACGCUACUCGAAGACGGGCAGGUGGCAGGGGCUGUUGCAACGCUCCGGAGGUCCGGCCAGACAGCUGCCGGCCCAGGCGUCCACGAUCGGCUCCGCGCUCUCUUCCCCGAGGCUGACACUUGGGACGCGGCGCAGGACGACGCGACGGCGACUCCGCUCGCAGCGGAGACUCGUCAGCAGCUCGGGGACGCCAUCGCCGCAGCCUUCAGGAAGGCCAAGGGCGGCCGCGCGCCAGGUCUGGACAGCAGCCGCAAUGAGCAUUGGCGCGUGCUGGCUGCCGACACCGAAGCGGUCGACGCGUUGGUGGAGGCCGCCCUGGCCUGGGUGGAGGGCUCCGCGCCGCCAGUCGUGGACGAGUGGCUGCGCACAGGGGCCAUCACGGCGCUCCACAAAGCCAGCGGCGGCGUCCGCCCGCUCACGGUCCUUGCGCCGUUCCGCCGGAUCGUCCUGACCGGGUUCGUGGCCCACACCAAGGCUGCCACGCGGGCCGCGGCAGGCUCGUACCAGUAUGGUCUUGGGGUGCCUGGCGGCGCAGAUGUUCAGUUCAAGGCGCUGCAAGCAGCUGUGCACGAUAGGCCGGGCAGCGUGCUGGUGGCGGUGGACGUGUCCAACGCGUUCGGCACGCUUGCGCGCCGGGGAGUUAUCGCAUCCUUGCGAGGGGCUCUCCCUGAGUACGGAAGCCUGCUUGCGAGACUCUACGCCAGGCCUGCCGUGGGUUUAUGGCGCGACGGCACUGGUGACACGCGUGAGCUGCGCACCGGCGCCGGGGUGCCACAGGGGUGCCCGCUGAGCCCGGCAGCGUUUGCGGCCGCCUUGCACCAACUGGCGCUACAGCACUUCUCUGCCAGACCGCAGUGGCUCGUCACCGCCUACCUGGACGACGUCGUUGCCGUGGUGCCGAGCGCAGAGGCAGAAGAGUACCUGCGACAGUUGUCUGGGCUGCUGGGCCCUGGCGGUCUUGUGCUGGACCCAAGCAAGACGAAGGUGUGGCUGCCCCCUGGCACUGCGCGCUGCCCACCCUCCCUCCGGCAGUACGUGAAGGACGAGCUCCAGGUGGUGGGCUGCAGUCUGACGCGCCGACAGGACGACGACUGGGACGCCCUGGCCGCGGGAGCUGGAGGCGGGGUGCGCGCCAUGGGCGCCGCCACCGAGACGCUCCGGGCUUUCGGGCAGACGCUCUGGGAGGCGAGGGCCGCAGGACUGGGGCCACAAGAGGCAACGGCGAUGCUGAGGUGGACAGCCCAAGGCUUACCGAACCACCUCCUUCGCGCGCACCUGCAGGACCUGGUGGCCGUCCGGGCCUAUGACACGGUGCUUCGCGGCCUCUGGAAUGACGUCCUGGGCGUUGACAUGUCCGAUCGGGAGUGGGUGCAGUCCUGUUUGCCCCUCCGGGAUGGCGGUCUCGCGGCCGGCGCGGCCGAGCCUCGGCGGGAGGCGGCGCACAUCGCCGCGUGGCUCGACGCCGCCCCGCGGGUUGCGGCGGCGCUUGGGGCCCCCAGCGCCGAGGCUCUCCUCGCCGCGCGCGCUGCGGGCACGCAGGGAUUUGAAGCCGCUGUGGUGACGUACAACGCUUCGGUCGGCGCUGCCCACUGCCUACAGACGUCGCUGGCCCAGGGAGAGCGCCACCGACAGAAGGACCUGGUGGGCCCGCGGAUGGAAGUGAUCGCAGGCGUCGCCAAAGCUGGCCUAGACCACCGCGAGCGCGGCCGCCUGCUGUCCGCGGGGGGCCCAGGUGCUGGUGCCUUCACCAUGUUGCCGACUAAGCCUGAACACAGAAUGGCUCCUGAGCUGUACCGCAUCUCGUUGGGGCGGCGCCUUCUGAUGACGGGCGCGCGGCUGCUGCGCGGACUGGAACCGCAGACGCACUGUCGAAACACAUCCCGAGAGGGGGUGCUUUGCGGAGCGGUUCUGGACACCGACCAGCACCACGCCUUGGCGUGCGAGACGGGAGGGCGCCGCGUGGCGCGACACGAUCGCAUUCGCGACCUGCUGGCCCGCUGGCUUGCCCGGCGCGUCCCAGCAUGGGUCCAGAAGGAGCAGACUGUGCCCCAGUGGCAAAGGACCCGCCGAGCUGUCGUGGAUGGGGUCGAGACUGCGCGCGUCGAGACGGCGGUCCUUGACGUCGUCUGGGCCCGCCAGGGCUGCGCCAGGGCGGUGGACGUGGUCGUGGUUAGCCCGGACAGUACUGACGAGAGGGAGGCGCGUGCUCGGGCGGCGAAGGCUGGCCUCGCCGCGGAGGACGCGGCCCGCGACAAGGCGCGCCGGUGCCCGCCGGGACCCACGACACCUUUGCUCAUUCCUUUCGCGAUCGAAACUGGGGGACGAGUGGGCUCUUCUGCGAGACAGCUGAUCCAGGAUCACCUGGACCGCUCUGACGGAGAGGCAGGAGCGUCUGCCGAUGCGGUCGCUUUCUGGCAAGAGCUCAGUGCUGUUCUGCAAACGGCGGUGGCUGAACAGUUACUCAGCGCCCACAAGCCCCCUGUCGUCGGGGGCGGGCGCUGA